AUGUUGCGGCCCGAUCGCGUCGCUGAAUUCAAAGGCAAUUUGAUCUUGCCGUGAGGUUGUGUGAGAAUUUGUAACUUGUUUUUAUUGUGUUUAUGCGUAUUUUUAUUGGCUUUUAUGUGGAAUAUUUUUAUUUCAGUGUCCCGUCAGGUUCUACGUCCACCCAGAUCCGCCUGGAAUUGUGCAACGGCCGAGACGUGUCCAGCGAAUGAAGGUCGAGCGGGCUCAAAAGGACAUUUUCACACUGGAUGUGAUGUAAGCCUUCUUUUACAUUUGUUUUGUUCGGAAUUUAGGCUGAAGUUUUGGGUGAUGGGGAGCGAUAUUGUAGUAGAUCUUCGCUUGAACUGUGAUUUCGCUUGAAACUUGGCAGAAUUGGUCUGCUUUUAGCACUAUUUUUGCGAAACAACAUGUUGGAAUAGGUUGAAUGGGAAUUUGCACCGGGUUUUUUUAAAAUUGGUCUGCUGUUAGCAGUGUUUUUGCACAAAAAACGAAUUGGAAUAUUGUACUAGGCGGACUGGGAAUUUGUAGCUAGGUUUUUUCUUCUUUACGCCUUUUUUAUUGGCCUUUAUGUAGAAUUUUUUUUAUUUCAGCGUUCAAUGCUCCGUCAGUUUCUACGUUCACCCAGAUCCGCCUGGAAUGGUGCAAUGGCCAAGGAGAAACCGAGAGCGUCCAGUGCAUGAAGAAGGUCGGUGGAGCGGGCUCUGAUGUAAGUUUUCUUUUACAUUGGUUGUUUUGGAAUUUAGGCUGAGGUUUUGAUAGGGAGCGAUAUUGUAAUAGAUAAUAUUGUAGUAGAAGUUAGCUUGAAGCGUGAUAUCGCCCGAAAGCUGGCAAAAUUGCUCAGCUUUCAGCAGUGUUUUUGCUCAAAAAACAUAGUGGAAUAUUGUACUAGGUGGACUGAGAAUUUUUGCCGGGUUUUUAUCGUGUUUAUGCCGAUUUUUAUUGGCCUUUAUGUUGAACGCCGUACAUGCCUCGUUUCAGCGUUCGGUGCCCGUCUACUUCAAGGUCCACCCAAAUCCCGACUGGAGCCGUCAAACGUCCAAGGAGAAGACCGAUACCUUGAAAGCGAAUGGAGAAGAUCGAUGGAGCGGGGUCAAAUGGAGACGCAAUGGUUGUGACGUAAGUUUUCUUUCACAUUGAUUUGUUUUGAGUUUAGGCCAAAGUUUUGGUGUUAGGUGAAGAUAUUGUAGUAGAUAUUAGUUUGAAGUGUGAUAGCGCCUGAAAGCUGGCAAAAUUGGUCAGCUUUCAGCGGGGGUUUUCAAAUCAAGUAAUUUCGAAGAUUUUUGCUUGAAAGUAACAUUAGUUACCUGAAUUUUCCGAAAUUUUUUGGCCUUACACUUGCCUUUUUUUCGGAUCUCAAGUUCAUUGUUGGGGGCGGUCUUUUGGAGCGCUUGUUGAGUUCGUAUCGCUUCUAAAUUAUUUUUCUGAUCCCUCAAGACAGUACAGUGCUCGUGGUAGUACUAGUCGCGGCCAGAAGUCCUUGGAAAUUUCUGCGACUCUGCACUGUGCAUCCGGCCAAAAAGUGCCUUUGCACAGUGCAAUUUUGUUUUUUUGCCUUACAUUGCGAUUCCCGCUUUUCGAAACGACAUCAAUUUUUCGGAGGGCGAAAAAUUCCAAGGACUUUUGCCGCGAAUAGUAUUAUUGAGUUUAAUUUGGUUAAUAGUUGUUAUUGUUUAUCAACGUGGAGAUCGAAAAUUGGAUGGAAAUACGGAUGUAG